AUGAGAGCGGGCCACGAGCGGAGCCAGGAGUGCCUCCCGCCAAAGAAGCGGGAACUUCCCUCCGCCAGCACCGGCACCGAGGGCCCUGGCGAGGCCACGGAAGCAGUGGCAGGGCUGACGGUGGACCAAUAUGGGAUGCUCUACAAAGUGGCAGUGCCACCUGCCACCUUCUCCCCCACGGGUCUGCACCCCGUGGUGAACGUGAGCCCCCUGCCCCCUGCCUUCAAUGUGACCUCGCCAAUAAUCCAGCACCCGGGGGUGCCCUACCCUCCUAUCCACUACACGCAGAUCCCUCCAACGUCCCUCCAGUUCAUCGGCUCUCAUUACACAGUGCCCUAUGCUGUCCCUCCUGGCUUUCUGCCUAGUCCUCUUCUGUCUCCUUCCACCAACCUCACCGCCUCUCAUGUCCCCCACUUUGUGCCAUAUGCCUCUGUCUUCACGGAAGAAGCCGCUCCUUCCCCCCAGACUACCUCUCCUACCCACACCUUCAACAAAUCCGCUUCUGCAGUCUCUCCUUCUGGCCAGAUGCAGCACCAUGCUGGGACCCAGGCGUUAGAUAUUGCACCAGGUAGAAUUCCUGUUUAUUAUCAGAUGUCCCGCCUCCCACCAGGGUAUUCGGCCUAUGAGACACCUACAGCAGGUGGAAGCCCAGAGUCUCCUCAGCAAGACAGUCAGCUGAGUUCAGAGGUAGCAGCUGCCAAUGGUGGACAGAGACAUCUGGAGCAUAAUGUGGUGAGGAGGACCAGCGAGGCUGUGGACUCUGCCAGCAGUAAAGCUGAAGACUGUCUGCCGGGGGCUGCAGCAGGAUGUGUGGUCGAUGGACAGUUCCUUUCAGGUUACCAGACGUUGGGAACAGAGGUCUCUGUGCCAGCUCACAGAAGCACCCCAGAUGCUGAUCUGGAGGUUCAGAGGGUGGUGGGGGUGUUGGCAUCUCAGGAUUAUCAUGUUCUGGCAGCCCAGAGGAAAGAUGACCCGAGCCCUUUAAACCUUUGCCAUAAUAUCCCUGAUCAGCAGGGGGAGUCAAAGGACACGCUGAGGAACGCAGUGGAAAGGGCUGCUGCUGAGAAAAGCCAGUCCAGCAGUCCAUAUGUAAUGUCCCCCGAAGAGCCGGUUAGACAAAGACAAUUAACCAAAGGAAUGGUGAUAGCCAACGGCAAGCCAGUCCUGGUUCCCGUUGGAUCUGAGCCCAUCAGGUCUUCCACUUCAGAAACCCUGGUGAGGCAGAGCCCAGAUGCACAGGCUCGAGGAGGUGUGCUUGAAAAGGACCUGGCCCAGCUGCAGCCACCCAGCUCCUCACACUUGCCCUCUCACUUCAUGAAAGGAGCCAUCAUCCAGCUGGCUACAGGAGAGCUGAAGCGGGUGGAGGACCUGCAGACUCAAGACUUUGUUCGCAGUGCGGAGGUGAGCGGGGGCCUGAAGAUCGACUCCAGCACUGUGGUGGAUAUUCAGGAAAGCCAGUGGCCUGGGCUUGUCACACUGCAUUUUGUGGUUGGGGAACAACAAAGUAAAGUGAGCAUUGAUGUGCCCCCAGAGCAUCCCUUCUUUGUGUAUGGCCAGGGUUGGUCCUCCUGUAGCCCAGGGCGGACUGCUCAGCUCUUUGCUUUGCCCUGUCACAGGCUGCAAGUGGGCGAUGUCUGCAUAUCAAUCAGUUUACAGAGCAUGAAUGGCAACUCCGCUUCUCAGGCUAACUACCCUCUCACAGAUCAGUUGAUAUCUACUAGGGAGAGAUCUGAAAGAACAGCUCAGGGGUCCAGAGAACCAUCUGACAGAGCUGCUGAAAGGAAGAGCCACACAGAUAGGGACAGCGCAGCCCAGAGCUCUCAUGCAGAACCCUCUCAGCCUGAGACUGGCAGUCAGCACAGCUGGGCAGGCCCAGGCUUCCAAAGAUACAGCACGCAGGCAGAGGAGCCUCGGCCCUCUCUGCUCCGUCCCUCUUUCAUUCCCCAGGAGGUCAAGCUGUCUAUCGAAGGGCGUUCUAAUGCAGGGAAAUGA